AUGUCACACGAUAUCACCCACUCCGUCAAAUCGGAACCCCACGAUGACUCGGAAGAUGUGCGAAGCUGGGCCGGGGACUUCGACCCGUUGGCCGACGCCGAUGAGCGGCGGGUGCUUUUUGCUGCAUUGGAUUCCUUCAGACAAUAUCGGAGAACGGCGCAUAUGAAUACAACGCAUCGGCGGCGACAAGCAUUCUACGCGCUGCCCUCGGCGCAUUGGCAGAUGCUCGCCGAGCCGCCCUUCUCGAUUCUGGAGCACUUCAACCGGGUAGACGAUGCUAUCGACAUGAAUGCGGAGAUCGCGGACGCGAUUCUCGCCACGGGUCUAUCGUCCUUUGGCUUGUCGCUCGACCCGAACCCGGAGGACCUCCGGGAGAAUUGGCACGGAACGGCCAACACCUCCGAUGUCAACAAGGCCCAUUCGACUUUGAGGCAGUUCUACCGCGAUUGGAGCGCCGAAGGGCGCGCCGAGAGAGAAAUCUGCUAUGACCCGGUCCUCCAGGACUUGCGCACCGAGUUUGGUGCGCGCACCGCUGCGGGCCAGGAAAUCAGGGUGCUGGUCCCGGGAGCUGGCCUGGGUCGCCUGGUCUUUGACAUCGCUCGGGCAGGCUUCUCACCCGAGGGCAACGAGAUCUCCUAUCAUCAGCUUUUGGCCAGCAGCUGGGUCCUCAACCACACCCUCGGUCCUCAGAAGCACACGCUCUACCCCUUUGCCCUGCACUUCUCGAAUCUGCUGUCGCGGGAGCAACAGCUCCAGACAGUGAUGAUUCCCGACCGACAUCCGGGCACUGUGAUGGCAGAAGCGCAGGAGAACCCAGAGGGCCCUCCUUUCGGCCAGAUGAGCAUGUCGGCGGCGGACUUUGUGGUGCUCUACCGCCAGCCUGAUAACCGAGAGGCAUUCGAUGCGGUGGCGACGGUCUUCUUUAUUGAUACCGCCCCGAACCUGAUCCGGUAUAUCGAAACAAUUCAUCACUGCCUGAAGCCGAACGGGCUCUGGAUCAACGUCGGGCCGCUGCUAUGGCAUUUUGAGGACGGGGCCAACCGCAGCCACGAGAACAGCCACGACUCGCAGGACCAGGGGAUCAGCGAGCCAGGGAAUGUGGAGUUGACGGAGGCCGAAGUGUUCUGCCUCGUGGAGCGGAUGGGCUUCGUGAUCGAGCAGCGCCAGCCGGCACACGAACGGCCGUUGUGUGGGUACAUCCAGGACCCCAACAGUAUGCUUUUGCCGUUGUACCGGCCAUCGCAUUGGGUGGCCCGCAAGGAAAGCCACUGAAAUCUUUCUCCUUCUUGAAAAUAAUCAUUAAAGUCAUUCAGUAUAUAGACUAGAUAAUAUAUAGGGUGGAUCAAAAUCGGAGUCGGAGGGUAAGUACAUGUAUGUUAUAUUGAUCAUACUGUACGGGAAACAUAUCAAGCCAGGGAUCGGGUGGAGACCAGACGCUGUUCAGCCGCAGCCUUGAGCCCGACACCAAGACAAAGAAAGAAAGCGGCGAUCCAAUUCAAUUUAUCCCAUCCAAAAUUGCCCAUCCCGGGCGAGGCUUAGCGGCAUUGGGGCCAAAACAACGGAUGAUGGUUCCAUCGCAG